CUUCAACUUCAUAUUCAUCAUUUACAGUUAACUAUGCCGCGUAAUUUAUCCGCCAUUGUUACCUUCUUCAUCGUCUUCCAAAUUUUCGCCACCGUUUUCGUAAAUGCAGACAGUCCUUAUAGAUUCUUCGACUGGAAUGUCACUUACGGAAACAUCUAUCCUCUCGGCGUUCCUCAACAGGGAAUUCUCAUCAACGGACAGUUCCCUGGACCUGACAUUUAUUCCGUCACAAAUGACAAUGUAAUCAUCAACGUCUUCAAUAGUUUGGACGAACCUUUUCUCCUCUCCUGGAAUGGAAUUCAAAACAGGAGGAAUUCAUAUGAAGAUGGAGUUAUUGGAACUACCUGUCCGAUACCUCCUGGAAAGAACUUCACCUAUAUUCUUCAAAUGAAGGAUCAAAUAGGAAGUUUCUAUUACUUUCCUUCUCUCGCUUUCCACAAGGCUGCCGGUGCUUUUGGAGGAAUUCGAAUCCUCAGCCGUCCUUUCAUUCCGGUUCCGUUUCCAGAUCCCGCCGAUGAUUUUACCGUCCUCAUCGGUGACUGGUAUAAGACGAAGAAUCACACGAAUUUGAGAACUAUACUGGAUCGAGGCAAGAAAUUACCUCUUCCUGAUUCCAUCCUCGUUAAUGGCCGUGGCCCUAACGCCGCCUCUUUCAACGUUCAACAAGGGAAAACAUACAGGCUUAGGAUAUCGAACGUUGGCUUACAAAAUUCGCUCAAUUUCCGCAUCCAAAACCACACAAUGAAGCUAGUAGAAGUUGAAGGAACACACACUAUACAGAACAACUAUUCAUCUCUCGAUAUCCAUGUAGGCCAGUCUUAUUCAGUUCUCAUUACAGCAGAUCAACCUCCUCGCGACUAUUCCAUUGUCGUUUCUUCAAGAUUCACGUCUAAAGUCAUCACAACCACAGCCAUUCUUCAUUACAGCAACUCAGCAGGGCCAGCCCCUGGUCCUCUCCCAGGAGGACCCACAAUCCAAAUCGACUGGUCUCUCAACCAAGCACGUUCAAUUAGGACUAAUCUAACCGCAAGUGGACCAAGACCCAAUCCACAAGGGUCUUACCAUUACGGUAUGAUAAACACAACAAGAACUAUUAGAUUAGCUAACUCAGCCGGGCCUGUGAAUGGAAAACAGAGGUAUGCUGUCAACAGUGUAUCUUUUGUUGGGACGGAUACACCGUUGAAAGUCGCUGAUUAUUUCAAGAUUGAUGGAGUUUUUCGAGUUGGAAGCAUAUCAGAUAAACCUCCUGGCGGUGGGUUAUUCUUGGAUCCAUCUGUUAUGAGUGUGGAUUACAGAUCUUUCAUCGAAAUUGUUUUUGAAAACAAGGAAGUCAUUGUUCAAAGCUGGCAUGUCUCUGGAUACUCUUUCUUUGUUGUAGGGAUGGAUGGAGGGACAUGGUCACCAGCGAGUAGAAAUGGAUACAAUCUUCAUGAUGCUAUUGCACGUAGUACUAUUCAGGUAUACCCGAAAUCGUGGACAGCUAUUUAUGUAUCUUUAGACAAUGUGGGAAUGUGGAACAUUAGAUCAGAGUUUUGGGCAAGACAAUAUUUAGGACAACAAUUUUAUAUGCGUGUGUACACGACUUCAACAUCUUUACGCGAUGAGUAUCCGAUCCCGAAGAAUGCUCUUCUUUGUGGAAAGGCGAGUGGAAGACAUACAAGAUCCCUUUGAGGGUCGUCCCGUGAACUUUUUAUUUAUUCGUUUUAACUUAAAAUGUAUGACCUUAACUCGAGGUCAAUGUUCUCUUUCACUUGAAGUUAUAUUUAUUAGCUUUGAGAAUUUGGUUAGUUCAGUUAUAAGAUAAAAAAAAAACUUAGAUAUUAUAUAUUGAUUACCAAUUUAUUUUAUUUUACAGUCAAAGUAAUAAAUUCAUGUUUCUUUUAUGGUCAUUUUUAAUCAAUAAAAUGGGUAUUUGAUUUU